AUUAAGGUGGGGACUGGUGAGCGUGUAGCUUCAGACUGGACUGUUCGCUGUUUGGCAGGUUUCACCGCAGUUUCCUUAGUUAUUCGAGCUGAAGUCUUUACCCCCGCACCCCCCCCCCCCCAUUCUAGUAAAUCUCUGCACCCUCUCAUACGCCUUGAUAUCCCCCUAAAGUCUGGUGCCCAGAAAUGGACACAGCUUUAGCCUAAUCAGGCUUGGUAAAGGCCUAGCAGUGAACUUCCUGUUGUAAAGCCAAGGAUCCCCAACACCUUUUUAACGGCCUUCUCAACUUAUGGCCCUUUAAGGACUUGCUUCUGUUCCUACACCGGCUUUACAGUAGCACCAUUUCAUUUAUAUUGCCUCUCAUACAUCCUACCAACAUUGUACGUUGUCGUUUACGGCACAGAAGGAGGCCAUUUGGCCCAUGGAGUAUGUGCUGGCUCUCUGCAGAGCAAUCCAGUCAAUCCUAUUCCUCUACUCGAUCCUGGUAGCUCUGAAAGCCCUUUGUGUCCAUUCAGUUUCUUUUCGAAGUCAUUGAUUGCUUUUACUUCCACCACCCUUGUGUGCAACAGGUUCCAGGUCAUUACACUUGCUCCAUAAAAAAGUUUCCCCUCACUUUUGCCCUGUAUCUCUUGCCCAAAAUCUGUGUUCCCUAGUCCUUGUGCCAUCAGCUAAUAGGAACAGCUUUUCCUUGUCUACCUUAUCUAAGCUGUCAUAAUUUUGUACAACUCCUAUUAAAUCUCCUCUCAAACUCCAUUGUUCCACAGAGAACAACCCUAGCUUCUCCAACCUAACCUUGUAGCUAAAAUCUCUCAUCCCUGGAACUAUUCUGGCAAAUCUCCCCUGCGCACUCUCAAGGACUCUCCCAUCCUUCCUAACGUGUGGUGACCAGAACUGGGCACAAUACACUGUAACUUCUCCUGUCUGGAAAUCCAUUGUUUGGAAAAACCACUUGGCUGGAUAUUUUUUGAGUAAACCCAAGCAACUCAGACUCACCACUUGACUGUUGAGGUACUGCAAGAAAUCGAGAAGGCAUGGGCUUACCUGAUCUACGGAAACACGGGACUUUGUGAGCUGAUUGACUUUGUAACCUUGUGCUGUGUUUUCCCGCGCUAUACAGUCACCCAUCACCUGCCAUUUUCUACCCUCAGUCUGCUUGCUGAAGCGCUUUGGAGCAGACCCAAGUAUUCCCAGAGUAUAGUUUGUUUUUUUUUAAAACCCUCACCAUGACCUCUAAGAAAAGUGCAGCAAAACGAUCAUAUUAAAUUGAACAAAAAUGUCCUCACUGUGUCAUCGCAUUUGUUACCGAUGGUCUUUAUUGAGAAUCACUGGCCUAGUUUUGCCUUCAAAGCAAGAAACAAAGGUGUUGCCUAUAGCAUCGUACAGCCUUCAAUCUCGGUCUCGUUUCGAUAUAUAUCGAUGCCUCUUAACUGAAAAGCUCUGGAGGUUGAAAAGUUCUAACUGGAGUUCUUCAGCAGCAGACUCACCACCAAGUGAAAAAGAUGGCAGUGCAUGGUUCACAGAAAGCAGUAUUUUGCUAAACACGAACCAAAACCAUGGCGAAGCAGAACCGUCUAAUCUGGCCAUAGACGUACAACCUGUGGUAUUAGAUGGUGCCCCACCCCAUUCUCCAUUUGAAGAAAUAUCUGAAGAAGAAGCUUUGCGAAUUGAGGCACAUCCUCCACUCCCUCCAACCUCUUUUACCCUGCGUGACUAUGUUGACCAGUCUGAGACUCUAACCAAGCUGGUGCUCCUGGGUGUGGAUCUUUCUAAAUUAGAAGGGCGACCGAAUGUGGCUAAUAUGCUGUUACGAUUGGAUUUUGAUAGAGAUGUAAAAGAGCGACUUCUAUUCCUAAAAGAUGUGGGAGUGGACGAUCAUCUCCUUGGAGCAUUCCUCACCAGAAACCCCUUCAUUUUGACUGAGGACAUGGAGAAUCUACAGAUGAGAGUGCAGUAUCUGCAAUCCAAGAAAUUCAACAAAGGAGCCAUUUCAAGGAUGGUGUCAAGGGCCCCUUAUUUGUUAAACUUCAGUGUGGAAAGACUGGACAAUAGGCUGGGGUUCUACCAGAAAGAACUGGGGCUAAAUAUGCAGAAGACUCGUGAUCUGGUCACCCGAUUCCCCAAACUCUUAACUGGCAGCUUGGAGCCAGUCAAAGAAAAUCUCAAAGUUUGCCGGAUUGAGUUGGGAUUUCGUGAAAAUGAAAUCCAGCACAUGGUAACCAGUGUCCCCAAACUUCUCCUGGCGAGUAAGAAAAAAGUGACUAGACUGUUUGAUUACUUGCACAAUACUAUGGGUAUCCCCCACCACCUGAUUACAAAAUUUCCUCAGGUAUUUAAUACAAAGUUUCUGAGAAUUAAAGACAGACAUCUGUUUCUUGAACACUUGGGACGAGCCCAAUAUGAUCCAACUCAGCCUAACUACAUCUCGCUGGAUAAAUUGGUUGUAACACCUGAUUGUGUAUUCUGUGUAGAGAUAGCAAAAGGCACAUUGCUGGACUUUGAGUCAUUCCAAAAGACACUUUAAAUUAUUUCAGAAAGUUUCAAUAUGCGCUGAUGUAGGGUCAUGAAUAUUUUUCCUGUAUAUCCAAUGACUACAUAAACUACUUCCAGAUCAUUGUGGUUUGCUGAGAGCUAUCUGACAAUGAACAAAAAAAAAUCAUUUUUACCUGUAUUACGUACUUUUUAAAAUUCUUUCACGGGAUUAAGAAUCGCUGGCUAGGCCGGCAUUUAUUGCCCAACCCUAAUUGCCCUUGAGAAGAUGGUAGCGAGUCACCUUCUUGAACCACUGCAGCCUAUGCGAUAUAGGUACAUCCACAGUGCUUUUAGGGAUACUUCUCUGAAUCUGACUGUAGAUGAGGUUUUGUAUGCUCUGAAUCAACCCUCAUUGGAAUGGAUUUAAUCUUCCUAGAACUAAUAUCUGCCAUUAGUGCUUGCCAGAAAGUUGCCACCUUUAUUCACUCCGUGUUAGCAGGAUUGAAUACAGGACUGGGUGGUGAAUACAGCAUACAUUUGCUAAUAAUAUUUUCAUGGCAACUGGACUAAGGAUUUCUGCUUAUGAUGUUGAAAAUCAUGUAAAUUCUUUUGUGAACCAUCAUAUUAAGAUGCAAUAAGUUUAUUGUUGCAAACAUUUAUCUUUGUGAAACUAUGCAGUGUUGCUCGAUUAACCCUGAAUGUAGAUAGACUAUAACUUUACAAGUAAUAUUAUAAAUCCUGAGUUUUGUACAUUUUUGGCUUGCAAUCAAUCUACCAAACUACUGCUGGAAGUACACAGCAUCUCUCAGGAUCUGUACAUAGAUUGUGACAGACCUACUCAGUUUAUCCAAUGGUUGCUAUUAUUUCAGAGUCAGCAGUUGAAGGUUUUUAACCUAUGAAUAAACUACUGUGAUAUUUA